AUGGGGUGUUUAACGUGGAUCCGAGGGUUCAAGCUGUCAUUUCCAUUUAAGGACAAAGAGUUAAACAAAAUAGCAGCAUUUUUUAAUAUCUCCACUUUUUUAUUGACGUGUGCUGCACUUGUUCAACCUAGCUGGUUUAGGAUAAAAGGCUUGCAUUGUUCACAACAUCUCUCAUUAUCACAAUUUUUCUCUUUUGAUGAUGAUGAUGACGAUGAAAUAACUCUAACUAAAGAUGAAUUUGACCAACUCAAUAGACUGCCUGACUUUGCUGGUUAUCCACCAUGUACUACUCCAGAGACAAUAUCGUUAAUGAGAGUUCUUAUACUAUUAUGUUUCAUGGUACUACUAUGUUCUUGUAUUGGUACACUAAUCAACCUUACCAGCCUGAAUAGCAGAGCCAUCAAGAUGCUUCGUAGGAAUGCAAUUCCUAGUAUAUUAUGUGUCUUUUGGGUAAUCGCAAUUGUUGGUGUAUGUUAUUAUACAACUGUAGUAUUGGGAAAUGCUAACAAUAGUGACCCAAAUACUAUUCAAGUGGAUUAUGAAUAUGGAUUUUAUACAAUUACUGGAGCAGGCGCUCUCGCUUUGCUAGCGUCUGCAGCUAACCUGUGGGGAGCUCCGCUAUCUAGCGACGAAGAUAUUCAAAGAAGAAACUUGAUGGAAGACUGGGAUGGUUAUGAAGCACACAGCGUAGGGCCAACACCAGCUGUGCCAACCCUACCUCCAUAUACCCCUAGUGCCGAUUACGUGCCUACGAUAAACCCUCCGUACGCGCCGCCGGUUCUCGGCUCGCAGCAAUACUUCCCAUUUGACGAUCUUUCCGUACUUCCACCGCCUCCAUAUUCGCCCUAA